AUGAGCAGAGAUCUGGUUACUGAAACUACACUUUUGUGCCAGUAACUCUGCAGCAUCCCUGUGCUAUGAAAUUCAAAUCUUGAAUGGCUAAGCUGGAAGUGAUGGGGUGGUGAUGUCAUCUAGAGUCUUCUCUUUGGCCCGGUCAAGUCAAGACAUCCCCCAGGAUUAGGACGAAGAAGCUACAUUUACUGCACUGGGGACCUCCUGAAGCAGGUCCAGCUGGCCAGGCUCUUCUCUGAUGACAAACACUUUGUUGACAUGCCGUUGCGGGAGUCUCCAGAACUAGUUCUGAAGAAGUUUCAGCAGCUAGUGAAUGUGACUCCAGGGGGGAUAUUGUCCAAAGAGCAGCUGCAACAGUUUGUGAGCUCAUCCUUCAGUGACCCUGGACAGGAGUUUGAGCAAUGGGAACCUCAGGACUGGAUGAGCAGCCCCCAGAUUUUAGCCAAGAUUUCUGACCAGGAACUCCAGGCAUGGGCAUCGGAUCUGAAUGCCAAGUGGAAAUCCCUAGGGAGAAAGAUCAAAGAUGACGUUAGGACUCACCCGAUGUUUUACUCUCAGAUUUAUGUGCCACACCCUCUGAUGGUGCCCGGUGGCAGGUUCAUUGAAUAUUACUACUGGACCACAAGCCCAAAGCAUCUGGUAUCGCUUGUGCAGCUGCUGCUUUUGUGCUGCAGGGAUUCCUACUGGGUGAUCGAAGGGCUGCUCCUCUCUGAAAUGGCAGCCACGGCCAAGGGGAUGAUACAGAACUUCCUGUACCUGGUGGAAAGGUAUGGGCACAUCCCGAAUGGAGGGCGAGUCUAUUACCUACGCCGGAGCCAGCCACCUUUCCUCACUCUGAUGAUGGAUGCCUACCUGGCCCAUGCCAAUGACACAGACUUUCUCAGGGAGAAUAUCCAUCUGCUGGAGGUAGAGUACGAGUUCUGGCAGAGGAAUCGCUCUGUGAGCAUCACAGUUGGGGACAGGAAUCACACUCUGAACUACUACAACGUCCAGAUCGGGGAGCCCAGACCAGAGUCCUACAGCAAAGACUGGGAGUUGGCAAGUGAUUUAAAUGAAGAUGCCAGGCAGGAGCUCUGGGCAGAGCUAAAAUCAGCAGCAGAGUCAGGCUGGGACUUUUCCUCUCGCUGGUUCCUCUCCUGGCCUUCCUCACUCCCUGCGACACUGAAGGAUACCAAAGCCAGGGCUGUAGUGCCAGUGGAUCUGAAUGCCUUUCUGUGCAAGACCGAGCAUCUGCUGGCUUCAUUCUACAGGAUACUGGGAAACACCACCAAGGCUGCCCAGUUCCAGGCUGCUCUGCAGCGCAGGCUCGAGGCUGUCCAAGCUGUCUUCUGGAAUGAGGCUGCUGGAGUCUGGCUGGACUUCAACCUCCUGAAGAAGCAGCCAAACCCAGCCUUCUUCCCCUCCAACCUGGCACCCCUGUGGACUGACUGCUUCUCAGACCAGGCUGCAGCUGAGAGGGCAGUGCGGUACUUAGAGGGGAGCACAGUGCUGUCCUACAAGAACGGGCUCCCUACCUCACUUUCCAGGACUGGGGAGCAGUGGGACCUGCCCAAUGCCUGGCCUCCACUGCAGCAUAUGGUGAUUGCAGGUUUGGCCAAGUCCAGCUCCUCGAGAGCCAAAGAAAUUGCCUUUGACCUGGCCCGGAACUGGGUCAGAACCAACUUUGCCUUAUAUAAGAAGUACCAGGCCAUGUUCGAGAAGUACAACGUGGAUGGAGAUGGGAAGCCAGGGACAGGAGGAGAGUACCAAGUCCAGGAGGGAUUUGGCUGGACCAAUGGUGUAGUCCUGCAGCUCUUGGAUCUCUAUGGCGACCGCCUGACUUCUGGCUCCCCCUCUACCCUCUUCAGGGCCUGGAUUAUUGCUGCUUGCACCAUCUUCCUCCUUGACCUGAAAUGGUAGGGGAAGUGGUUUGGGCUCCCAGAAGCAGAGCCAGAGGAGGCAAGCCCAUUAUGUACUGAACAGUACCCUGGUCUUGUAGCCAGUUAGGGAAAAGUGCGUGUGUGUGAGUGUGAGUGUGAGUUCGUUCAUCGGAGCCGCCACAGGUGAACAAUAGCUGUGACUAAAGCCCUGUCCAUGCAGCCCUACUGAGCCCCCUACCUGCAAUUCUCUCAUGCUUUUGCUGUUUCAUUAAUGUUUAUCAAACUGGUCUUUGCUGUCAUGCCUACCUUGGUGGUUACUGGGACAAAUAGGGGCCUGAUUCUUGUGGAGGUCUGUGCUGAGACCCUACAUCCCCUAGUCUCAGAACAGAGUCUAGCCGUAGGGGCUGGGCGUAAUGGUCCCUGAUCCCCCUGGUGGUGUUAGCCAUUGCACAGGUGACAUCCCUGAGAGUGUGUGGGGUGUUUAUCCCCCUCCACAGAGGGUGAGUUGUUACAGCUUCAGCACCUUGGCUCUGAGGCUUAAGUUGUAGCAGUUCAUGCUUUUAUCUUUGAAGGACCUUAGAUCAGGCUCCAUUGUGGCUAUUACACAUGCAUCUGCUACAAGCAAGGGAACCUGCUGUUGCCUUGAAGCAUACUGCUGCUCCCUGGGUCCCUUUCCCUGUCAGUGUUCCCGCCGCAGCAUGUAGCCCUCGUUAGCAAAAAGUGAGACCUAGUCCUCCUUGCCCUUGUUGUGUCUUUGACUCCCUACCACAGCUCGUAGGCUGUGAGGUGACCCCGGGGCCUGUACUGUAGGCUCACAUCAUGCCCCUGCACCUCAGUUCAGUGUGUCUGUGCAGCACCUGGCACAGUGGCUGGAGCUCCCCUCUACAUGAGGAAAACAGUAGUGCUGUAUUGCCUCUGUCAGCCACAUGCUGCUCUUGCACUGUCUGAUGGGCUUUUGCACACUUACCGUACAGAUUCUGCACCUCAAUUCUCCUGGUCACAAUAGAACAGGAACAACCUGGUCCUGGGCACAGAGGGGAAAUGUGACUAGUAGAAUGGGUUGCUACUGCUAGCAAACUCUUAAGGGGCUAUGGGACAUAGUGGUUUCAUUCAAAGUCAUCAGCUGCAGGUGCAGCCCAAACAUUGCAUAUGCCUUAAUUCACUGGUCAGAAACUAGCAUUUCCAGGUGGGAGGAAAUUCAAUAAUUUUGAAAGGUGGGGUUAUUUUUAGUCAAAAUUGGAAUGGAACAAAAGAUAAACAUGUUACAAAAAAUACAUUUAAACAAAUAAAAAUGUAAUUAAUAAGAGGGUCAGUCUACUGCUGCUAGGGGCCCAGCUCAUUGCCCACCACGGAUCCUUUUAUCCCCUCACAAGGUUCCCUUUGUGCCACCCGUCCAUGUCCCCCUCAUUCAGAGAGAUGUAUAAAUAGUUAAACUUGUAGUUUGUCUGGACAGCCACUGAGGCUGUCAGCCUUCUGCACUCCAUAGGGGCAGGGCAGGCGUCUUCCCAGCACACUGCUACUGAGAACCCUUUGGCUCAGGGCCCAGCUGGCUGGGGUCCAGAGUGGGGAAGGUGGAAACAACCUCCAGUCUCUUACUCAAAAGGCUUUAUUGUUUGCAGUCUGUCUACAACGACUGAAAGAGAGAGGCUGCAUUGGCUGCUACCUGCCCCCAGCCUAGGUGAGCAGAGGGAGGUACAAACUGGACAAAAGGAGAGCUAGGCUGAGCAGCAGUGGCACUUGUAGGAAUUCAGAUACCUAGGGUUAAAAAAGAUAUUUGGAAAAUAAGGAUUUCAAGGUUAUAACAGCAAGGUGGGAUUUAAAUAGUCUUGUUCUUUCAAGGGAGUUUCAGCUGUGUGAAACUUAACUCUUCACUGUGCCCUAGAGGAGAGCUGUGGAAAUUCCUAGCUCUCAGCUGGGUUUUGCUAAUGUGGGUAGGUAUAGGUAGCCACUUUAAAGGGGCAUAAGAUAUCAAGGGGCCCAAUUUCUUAGCCACUCAAAGCACCAGUGCUGUCACUUCCACUUCUACAGGUGGAGCAGUUUCAGGAUUGGAUAGUAUGGGCCCAAUGCUGCAAGGGGCUGCGCACCCUCAGCUCUCUGGGACUUUGAGGGGGCUCUGCACCUCACACCAUUUAGCCUUUAGCUGUGAAUUUAGGCUCUGACUCCCCAUGAGGCAUGUGCAGACAGUAAACUGUAGGCACCUAGAUUUAAGAACCAGGCUCUGCAUUCUUCUUGCCCUGCCCUCCUGGCAUCUCCUUUGGGUGAGGCACUUUUUAAAGCUCACAGUGUCAGAAGAACAAGCCAGUGGUUCCAUUAGACUAUACCUCGGUGCCUAGUGCAUGAGAGAGAUCACAAGCUUGGCAGAUAUAAAUAUUCCCCCUCAUCCCACAGCAUUUGCACACCUGGGACAGUUACUUCUAGCUUUACACCACACCAUAACCCAUCAGAACCUUCCAAGCAGGCACCUGGCCUGUGUUGAUGCCCAGACUCUGAGGUGGUCAAGGCACAGGAAAGCAGAGAGAUGUCUGACAUGGACAGACCCCUCACUGCAGUAAAUCUGGCAGGACGGUGAUGGUGCACAUCCUGGCACCCGCAGCAGCCUUGGCACUGUUGAGCAUGGCACAAGAAAAGGAAACAAGUCAAGUAGACAGUGGAGCAAACUGGGGUCUGGUCACAGGUGCUGGUAGGAUGUGCUAGACGUGUCUGUGAUGCAGUUGUCAUAGUGAUGCCCAACAAUCUCCCAUUUUAAAAAGCGGCAGCAUUUAGAUAGCUUAGCUCUUUAAUCCAACAGCUUCAGGCCUAGUUUGCAGUGGAACCGGUGGGAUGGUCUUUGGCAGCUCUUCGGCUUUGUACCUUUCAGCCUAUUGAUAUGUUUCCAUUGAAGAAUAAAAAAGUCUGUUCUGUACUGUUACAUAUAUU